CUGAAUGCAGCUUUUUCUUCAGGCCGAUUUCCGCGGCCACAAGUUGAAGCUGUCAGUUAAACGGAGACAAGGAGCUAACCUAAAACAUCAGAUAUGGAGCAGUUUGCAUCGACGGUGAAAACUCUCACAGAUGACCUGCUGCAGAAACAGUUGCCAGAUCUUGACGAAGCCAUAGAGAAACUCUUGUUUGAAGUGUCUGGAUUAGAUGCUUUGCCUAAAAUACCGCAUACACAGCUUGAGGACUGUGCCAUCCAGUUGUGGAACUGGUCAGUUACCAAGAAUGCUGGUGGUGGUCUCAGUAAAGUCCAAAAAGCCAAAGUUCGUCAUGUCGCAUGCAGCCUGCUUUACUGCUGUGAACCUGAGAACCCAACAGAGGGCGCCAUCCGCAAGCAGAUCCUGAUGGCCAGCAAAACGGGGAGAACCUGGUUGGACUGCAAAAAUCCCCAGAUGGCAGAUCAUUUCUUGAGGCUUGCUGUCAAGAGCCUGGAAACCCUCUACAGCCAACUAAUGUCCAGAGGCCACGCAGCAGCUGACAUUAAUUCAUCCAAGGCGGAUGUGGAGAAGGACCUACUUCGGAUUCUGUCAUGCCAGGCAGAGUCGGCUGUAUCCCAAAGGAAUAACGAAGAAGCCAUGGUCUACAUGCAGCGUUGCAAAGACAUGUUGCAGCGGCUACCAAAAGAUACGGCAUACCUCUCCCUCAUGUGCUACAACUUUGGUGUAGAAACCUAUAAUCUGAGGAUGUUUGAGGACAGCGCUUUCUGGUUGAGCCAAGGCUAUGACAUCGGCAAAACAAAUGUGAAAUAUGGCCCUGGACCAGAAGUUCUAGCUAAAGGUUUGCGGCUCCUUGCUACAGUUUAUCUUGAGUGGGACUGUCAGAAGUUUCAGGAGAAGGCUCUGAAUGCCGUCAUCUUAGCCAACAAGGAAUGUUUGAGUACAUCUGGGCUGUAUUUAAAGAUAAGAAUCCUCCUGAGAUCUGGGGGCCCAGACACUCGCAUCAGAACAGGACUUGAUGAGAUGCUGGAAGCACAGGUUUCUCUUGACAUCUGUCUGAGCACUGUGAAGCUACUCAUGUCUGAAGACAGAGAAAUGCUGGCGUUUGACUAUCUGAAACGUGUGUGUCAGCACUUUGGGUCGUCCCCUGACCUGGGAACUGCUCUUGUGUUGCACGUUGAGCUGCUCCUGCAGAAAGGCAAAGGGCUGCUGGGAAAACAGAAGAUAGAAGAUAUCAUCACUGGGCACUACUCUGGUAAACAGCUCGCUCCAGAUGCACUGACCAGUUUGCAUGUCAUGCUGUGGGAUCAGGCCUCUAAACAAUUUGAGGCUGGUAACUAUUCUGAAGCUCUGCAGUGGUAUAACUACUCCUUGAGUUUCUUCAAGGCAGGUCAGAUUGAGCCCAACCUAGCCAAACUGCAGAGGAACAGAGCAUCUUGCCUUCUGCAACUUGAACAGCUAGAAAAGGCUAAAGAGGCGAUUAAAGAAGCUGAGAGGUGCGAUCCUGAAAGUAUCUUCACUCAGUUCAGUAUUUACAAGAUUGCUGUUCUGGAGAACAACGUAGAGAAAGCUGCAGAGGCGUUGAAUGCAGUUGGACGUCUGUCAAAGACUUCUGUGUCCAGCGAGGACAGACUGCUGGUAUCUGAGAGUUCAGCUUCCUAUCUCCUCAGUCUGGCUGCUCAGAUUGCUUUGGAGAAUGGAGGACAGGAAACCGCGAUCAAAGCUCUGGAGGUUUUAUGUGAGAACUCCAAAGAUGAAGGUCAUGUUCUGAUGGGUCUGAGGUGUUUGGUCCGACUGGUGUUCUCCGCAUUAGAAAAAUCAGCCGAUGAGUUGAGAGACCUGAAUAUGGAUGUCCUACUGCCAUAUCUAAAACUGGCUCUGCAGACAAUUUCACACCAGUCUCAUAUGACUGCUGAGCAGCGCGCCGAGGAUGCUAACUGGUUCAGAAAGAUUGCCUGGAACUCGGCUCUGCAGUGCGAGAGCAGCCCUGACAGGAUGAGGGAUUUCUUUGUGCUGUCCUAUCAGCUCUCCCUGCUGUGCCCUCCUGACCGCACACUGCUCCUGGGCCAGAGGACGUGUCUUCUGAUGGCAGCUGCUGCCUCUUUGGAGCUCUGCAGGAAGUCUCCUCACUCCACCCAGGCUGAGGAGCUCACUCUGGUUCUGGAGCACAUUCAGGCCUGUUGGGAGGUUUGGAAAACCCUGAAAGCAUCAGGCAACUUUCCAACGGACCCAACAGACUCACUGCUGCUGCUGUAUGAAUUUGAAGCUCGUGCUAAGCUGAAUGAUCCAAAGGUCGAGACCAUACUCGAUUCUGUCCUGGAGCUUGAAAAUGUUGAAACCAAAGUGUUGGAAACCAUGGCAGCCCUAGCCAUGGAACCUCCAGCGUACUUCCCUCUGCUCUGUAAGAAGGCUCUGAGGGUUGCUCUCUCCCUGCACAAGAAACAACCACAGGCUGACCUGAAGCACUGCAGCAAGUGUGUUCGCAGUCUGAUCAAGCUGUCCCUCCCAAGCGGUGUGUCAGAAGUGGAGGCCCGUGUGCUGCAGGAGGUGUGGGACUACUUCGAGGAGGCUCUGUCCAUCAUCUCAGCCGCACCGGACGACUUCCCAGAGAUUGAGACCCUGUGGCUGCUGACCCGGGCUUGGAACACAGGGAUACUGCUGUACAGCUUAGCCCAGUACCGUGACGCCGAGAAGUGGUGCGGCCUUGCCAUGAGCUUCAUCCGCCACCUGGGGUCUCUGCGGGAGAGCUACGAGAUACAGAUGUCUGGCCUGUACAGCGACAUCCUGGACAAACUGGACAAAGCAAAGAAAAACAGCCACAUGGAAGAGUAGCCAUUCAGUUCAGGUGAAGCUGAACUGGUUCAGUCCAUUCAGUUUGUUACAGGUAAAAGUUCUUGUUACGUCUAAAUAACCGGGCUUCCUCGUAGACCAAAACAUUUACUACGGUUUGAUCUUUUGAGAAGGUUCAUUGGAGACUGUUCAUAUAUUUUCUCCACCUCUAAGUAAAAUACAGCAAACCCUCCUGGGUUCCUGAACAUGUUUUUUACACUUUAUCUUUCUAUAUCUUUGACUGAGGUUUUGUAUUUUGGAAGAAAUGAUUUUUUCCCUGAAGUCCUUUAAACUAAAUAGCUGUGUAAUUACCUUGUGACAUUGACUCCCAUUCAUAAAGCAUUUUAUGAAUAUGCCAUCAUUGCAGUUUGUAUUCUAUUUUUACAUUUCUUUUUCAUUCAGAUACCUUUGAAAUAUGUCAUGCUUUGCUUUCCGUCUGGUGGCAAGAUGUUCGUUCAUGUUCUGGAAUUCCAGAUUUGCAGAAAUGGGAUGAAAAACAUAAACGUUUAAGACAAAACAUUUGCUCAGAGUCAGUGUUGCUGCUUCCGAUUCUCCCAGGGUCUGGAUAAUUCAACCUCCAAAUGCAAACAUGGGAUGGGGGGAAAAAAAUAAAACCAAAGCUCCAAUUAAAGGGGUUAAAAAUUCAGAAAAUUCAUGGACAUUGUUACGUAUGGAGAGUGCUGAAUAUUAAAAAAAAAACAACAUGGAAGUAUGUCGAUGCGUUAUUUUUAUGGCAUCAUUCAGAGGAGCUUUUUGUGUCCAAGCGAUGCAGAUAGAUGUGUUGCAAUCAUUUGUCACUCCUAGGCUUGGAUAGUACUUCCCCAAAAAAAUGCAUUAUAUAUUAUAUAUGGGAUAUGAAAAAGAAAUCAGCUUCUUUCUUCCUUUAAAAAAAACCCCAAACAUUAAUGACUAAAACUGGCCUUUCCAGGCUUAAAAAUCUAGAAAAUACAUUUGUUAUGUAAGGUAACGAAUCACACAUUCAAAGAAAUUUUUACUUGUGUAGUAACAUUUAAAGAGCAUUUACUGCCCAAGAGGUGGCAGGAGCACAAAAUAACACCCCCAUGGGUUAAAGAUGUCCUUGGUUGCCAAAGCCACUUAAAGCAGAAUAAUAAGCACUUCAAGAUUAUAACUGAGUCACAUAUUUUAUUUUCAAACAAAUAAACUCUCGUCAAGUCCCAAAAUAAAACCCAAACAAAAGUCGCAGGACCGCAUUCCCUCAUGACUAGGACAGGGAAGACCAUGAGGCCGAGUGUCCUGAUAGGCUGUACCACCUGCAGUGACAGGAAGGAAACUACUGUACAAUCAAAGGGUUCAUGUUUGCAAGCACUUACUGCACAGAUGUGCUAGAACAGAAACAUAUCAUCACCCAAAAGUACAAACAAAAACCCUGAGCCCCCCCCCCGGACCUCCCCCCCCCCAAAAAAAAAUAAAAAGCAUAUAUGUCAUCAUGUCUGUCAUCAGGAUGACCCUCAUCAGUUAUACACACAGAGCAGAGGCAUUCAGGUACCUUCUUGUUAUGGAAAGAGGAGAAUGAGAUCGAGUUCUUUGGGCUUUGACAUGGUUGACUGAGGUAUGAAUACCACACACAUUAUUAACAGUCAGCUGGAUCCAACUAGACACCAGAGAGGACCGAUUCUAAGCUUCUAAUUAUGUUUUGAUCGAUGCUCUGAGUUUCUGUGAUGUCGUGUAGGUUUCUGGCUGCAUUGCUUUUAUUUUACAAUAGUUUUUUUAAUAUAAAUCUAUACACCCAGACACGUUUCACGAGAAACCACAUGUAGACGGGCCCUACUCCCAAGGAACUGGAUCCUCGUCUCACUAGUUAACUCUUCCAGUAGGCAUCUGAAGAGAAAUACUGGCAUUACAGCACACUGUAUGGAAAUUGUAUCUCAAGAGUAGCUCAGACUUUUACUUACCUGACGUCUGUGGUCUAUAAAACAUGUCUGUCCAAGUUUGAGUUACACAUGCAUGAAGCACAGGUGAGGGGGGUGGGGGAUCUGCUUGGGGGGCUUAUUUACAUUGUUCAGCUACCACACCGUUUUGAAACAGUCUGCAAGCAGUUUAUAAAUGGCUCUGUUCCCUUCGGUUAUUCCCUGAACUCUGGUUUUGACAGCUGGUUUAGCAGUGGUGCCUGGCAGGUGGGCAACACCUGAUCGGAGAACGCCUGCAGGUUACAGGUGCUGUGUGAGCUGGAGAGAGCAGGGGACCCCCAGACGUCUGGGUUCCAGUUGAGUUAAACGCUAAAUUAAAAAAAACAAAAAGGCUGAGAAGGUUCAGAGAUCUUGGGCCACUCCUGCACUCCAUGCUUGCACAUAAAGUGCCAGGACCUGCACCGAGCGGUGGAGCAGGUCCUUUUCUAUCGGGGUGAUGCCAGAGAAACAACCUCACUCAGAGAUUGAGCUCUGAGUCCUGCAGGAGAGAAGGCUUAGCACAAUCUGAGAGCGCCGUUCAGGUAAACACACCUUUACCUAAGCAACAGUGCCCUCUGUUCCCAUCAUGGCACCAACAUGGCCGCGGUGUCCGUGUUCAAAUUUCCGCUCACCUCAGACCCACUAAGAGCUCAACACAGUGGUUCAGCAUCUGCCCAACAACAGUCAUUCAGACUGAAUACGUUUAUAGAUACACAAAGCAUAAAAGGUUUACUCAAACCCAAUUUUAGUGUUUUUGGUAGAGGGGGACAAUUCAAAACAGGUUAUACUGACUCUUUAAUUGUUAGAACAUCCAAUACAAUUAUUGUCUUGUUCUACCCGUUUUUAAAGGCCACCACAGCGGCGGCAAAUAGGACAGUACCAGUUGACCAAUAGGAAGUGAAUCCUCCUGGAAGGCAGAGAGUGUAAUGGGGUCGUCUACUGCUCAACAUAAGAGGGGAGGCUCCACCUGUCCAGAUUGUAAGAAGCCAAAUUGUUUGAUUACACAGAAAAAGGGUUCGAAAACAAGGAAGUAAAAGGAGCCCGCGGAGGCAAGACUUGAUUUUAUAUCUAUUGCACUUAAAAGUCUGACCUCCUGGCGCUUGGAGGGCACCAGAGUGAGGCUCUCGCCCUCAUCAGUUGCUUGCAGCCUCCCUCACAGACAACAGGUAGUCACAAAACAGAAUUUGUAUUAGAUGUAAGGCAGUUUGGUGUUUUGCAGAGAGCCCGGUUACACUUCUCUACCCCCAUCCUUUACAGAGCAGCUAAAAACCACAAGCCAAAAUAAAAACCAAAUAAAAAAAAAUCCCACAAGAAAGGAAGGAAAAACAACCUAACAGCCCUCCAAACGACAGUUCUAAUGAAGUGUAAAAUGAGACGUUUUCAGUAUGCUGUAAAAUCUCAGGACUUAUGAUUGAUCUUGUGAUCUUAUAAUGUAAAUGUAGAGAUUCACAACAAGUUUCUUCCUCUUGGUCCGCCUUCGUCGG